AUGGGCUGGGGAGUUACCGACACCUCCUCUCCUUCUAAAAGCCCCGAGUGUGACCAGGAGCUUCCUUGCUCUCCCUGCAACGGCCUCACUUGCCAUUGGACGACUCGCGCAGUCUUCUGGGAGGAGCUCCACUGGCAGGAAAGAAACUGCGCAAAAAGUCCUGUGUGGUGACGGAUGUGCAAAGUUCAGAACUUUUUCAAUUUGAGUUUCGUAGAGACACGGGGAUGGGGACGGCUUAAACGCGGCUGAGAUCCAGCACGUUGCAUUGAAGACUUUCCUCUCUUUUUUUUUUUCCUUUUUCAAGUGAGCAGCGCGGGACUGUGAUUUGAGCGCUUCAGCAUUCAGAGGAGGGAGAAGUGGAGCUUUCCGUCUGUGUAUUUUGGAGCUUUAUUUUCGCCGGAUCAAAGUGAAGACAUGCAGGCUCGCUACUCCGUCUCCAGUCCCAACUCCCUGGGUGUCGUGCCGUACAUCAGCAGCGACCCGAGCUACUACCGGGCCGCUGCCGGCGGGGGAUACACGGGGAUGCCAGCGCCUAUGAACAUGUACUCUCAUGCGGCCCACGACCAAUACCCUGCCAGCAUGGCCCGGGCGUAUGGACCGUACACCCCCCAGCCUCAGCCCAAGGAUAUGGUCAAACCCCCCUAUAGUUACAUCGCGCUCAUCACCAUGGCUAUUCAAAACUCGCCUGACAAGAAGGUGACCCUGAAUGGGAUUUACCAGUUUAUCAUGGAGAGGUUUCCAUUUUACAGAGACAACAAGCAGGGCUGGCAGAACAGCAUCAGGCACAAUCUGUCGCUGAACGAGUGCUUCGUCAAGGUGCCCCGUGAUGACAAAAAGCCCGGCAAGGGCAGCUACUGGACCCUGGACCCGGACUCGUACAACAUGUUUGAAAACGGGAGCUUCUUGAGACGGAGGCGACGGUUCAAAAAGAAGGACGUCAUGAAAGAUAAAGAAGAUCGGCUGCAGAAGGACGUGCCGCCGAGGCAGCAAGGCCGCGAGCAGGAGCAGCCGGUGCAGGGCUCCAACCCCGUGAGGAUCCAGGAUAUUAAGACUGAGAACGGGACUGUCACGCCGCCGCAGUCCGACUCGCCCUCUUUGAGCACCGUGCCCAAAAUCGAGAGUCCGGACAGCAGCAGCAUGUCCAGCGGGAGCCCUCACAGCAUCCCCUCCAAUAGGUCCAUCGGCAUGGACAGCUCCGACCACCACCAGCACCACGGCCAGGCCUCGACGCAGGGCUUCAGCGUAGACAACAUCAUGACCUCCCUCCGGGGGUCUCCACAAGGUGCCACUGAGCUCGCCCCCAGCCUCACCGCGUCCACCAGGACGGGUAUAGCACCGUCUUUGUCCUUAAACUAUUCUCCAAAUCAGACAUCCGUCUAUAGUUCACCGUGUAACCAAAACUCCAUGUCCACUACCUCCAACGCAACCUAUCAUUGUAACAUGCAGGCCAUGAGUUUGUACGCGGGGGACAGAUCUAGCCACUUGGCGCCGAGCACCACCGUGGACGAAACGUUGCCAGAUUACUCGGUCACUACCACCUCAUCUUCCAUGGCCCACGCUAAUCUGAACUCAGUGCAGGAGGGCCACCACCCCCACCAAGGGAGGCUGACCUCAUGGUACCUCAAUCAGGCCGGAGACCUGGGCCACUUGGGUGCAGCGUACCCAGCGCAGCAGCAGAACUUUCAUUCAGUCCGAGAGAUGUUUGAAUCCCAAAGAAUUGGCUUGAAUAAUUCACCUGUGAAUGGGAAUAACAGCUGUCAGAUGUCGUUCCCACCGAGCCAACCCAUCUAUCGCACUUCUGGAGCUUUCGUAUAUGACUGCAGCAAGUUCUGACCCCCCCAAAAAUAGGCUCGAAUUUUUCCUCACGGUGUGUGAUCUCUUCUAGUAAAAUCCAACGUGCCCCCCCCCCCC